UGCUUAUAUAAGGUCAUGCAAUGCAUGUGACUACAAGCACAAUUAAGAUGGCUACCUGUAGCAACUCAAACAGCAAGCCGAUCGGCUACGAGUGUGGUUUUAUAGAUAAAUUUCCAAAAGAGUUCUUCUGUAAGCUGUGCAAAUAUGUAGCUAGGGAAGCCAACACUACGACUUGCUGUGGAAAGACUUGGUGCAAAGAAUGUAUCGUAUCUAUCAUCCAAGAGGAAAAGCCUUGCCCCAACUGCCAAGAUACUGCCCCUAGUUCAGUGCCUCAUAGGAAAUUCCAAGCUGAUAUCCUCGCUCUAAGAGUUCGUUGUUCGAAGGGUCACCCAAUUGAUGAAGAACCUGAGUCUGGUUACAACCAACUCACAUGGAAGAUUUAUCAAUGUGUGUUUCCAGUUAUGAAAUCUCACAGUGAAACAAAGCACGGUUGUGAAUGGACUGGACAACUUCAACACCUCGAUGCUCACUUAGACCUAACUACUGGGGAUUGUGUUUAUGUCGACGUGGACUGCCCCAAAGGCUGCGAGCAGAAAAUUCAGAAACGCAAUGUGGACACACACCUUGCCAAAGAGUGCCCAAAUAGAAAGCUUCAAGAGCAGCAGAAAAUAUAUGAGAAGAGGAUUGAAGAGUUGCAACAAGAAUUCGACCACAGACUUGAAGAGAAGCUUCAACAACAAGAGGAAGUGCAUGCAUCAUACGUCAACAAUCUACGUUUGGAAGCUGGUGUGCCCCCAUAUAAAAUCACCCUUCAGUUUCACAAAACCCAAGCCACUAGCCCAAGUUUGAAUGUACAUCAAGAUACGUAUUACUUUGUGAAGCUAGAUCAAAAAGAACACAACAAAGGAAUUGAAAUUAAGGUAGAACUUGACAAGAGCAGUAUCCACCACCCUCAAAGUUUCGUUACCCUAGCGAUCACCGUAGAGAUACUAAAUCAGCAUAGAGACCAAGAUCACAUCACAAAAGUGCUCAAAUGCUCAAACCAUAGCAGCAGUGAUGGUGAAGCAAAGUAUAGAUUUUCUCUCACUGAUUUGGAAUGGAAUGCUGACAAACAAACACAUUACCUAAAAAAGGACUGUCUUAAGCUGAGAAUAGUUCACCAAGAAACAGAAUGGCGCCGAGUGCCAAAAAUAUUUCCUUUUCUUUUUCCUAGGAGUAUGAUAAGUGAUUAGGAUUUAGAGCCCAAAUACAAAUGUGCUGAGUGCUGAUAUUUUGUGAGUCCUAUAUGAACUACGUACGUAUCAA